UAAGGAUAUUGGACUUGUUUUCUGUGCAAGGUAUUAAAGGCAUUUUGAUAGCUACAUCGCCUCAGAUCCAGACACUGUCGGGCAGCAGUAGAAGAAGGGGGGGGCAGUGGUGGCAUACAUUAAUGGGCUCAUGUCUGACUUGAAAAAGCAUCCUUGCACUUUGUCAAGUCUCCUUUUCAAAAUCUUCACGGAGAGAUCUUAGAACUCUCCCGAUAAAAGUACAGAGGUGCUGCCUCCACCCCUCCCCAGUGGGUAUUAAAAAUUUAGCAUGCACUGUUCGCACUGCAGUAUGUACCAUACUCUGUAAUGCCCACUCAGAUCAUCUCAACAGCAGUGAUGGCACAUAAAUCGACAGAUGCAACAUGAGCGCGUGGCUCCUUCUGGCAUUUGUCUUGUCCACUUCUCUGUACGUUCACACCGGCUGCCACCCUAAAUACUGCUCUGUUUAGGCAACUGGACACCUCAAGCUUCGUAGGUAUAUCCUGAAUUUGCCAUAGAGGAAAUUUCUGGAUUUGCAUGAGCAGGAUCGUGGUAUGUAAAUGUGAACUAUCUUGGAUACACCUUUGUUGAAUGUCUGAAGAAACCAUAACAACUCCCAAGCCAUGUCCCAGAUGUUACACAUAGAAAUUCCCAAUUUUGGGAACACAGUAUUGGGCUGUUUGAAUGAGCAGCGGCUAAUGGGGCUUUAUUGUGACGUCUCCAUCCUAGUGAAAGGACAAUCGUUCAAGGCGCACCGUGCAGUGCUGGCUGCUAGCAGCUUGUACUUCAGAGAUUUAUUCAGUGGGAACAGCAAAAGUGCAUUUGAGCUUCCAGCCACUGUCCCCCCAGCAUGCUUUCAGCAAAUACUCUCAUUUUGCUACACUGGGAAGCUCACAAUGGCUGCAAGCGAACAGCUUGUGGUCAUGUAUACUGCGGGAUUCCUCCAAAUCCAGCACAUUGUAGAACGUGGCACAGACUUGAUGUUCAAAGUGAGCUCGCCCCAUUGUGACUCACAAACAACCAUGAUUGAGGACACCAGUUCAGAGCCCCAAAGCCCCUGUAACCAAACACAACCUCCAUCUGGACCCUAUGUCAUGUCUCCUUCCAUGCCCAUCCCUCUUUUGACCCGAGUGAAAAAUGAGAGCCUAGAACUACAACCCAUUGCCGUGCCGAACUUGCCGGUCAAGAGACCAGUGGAAACACAAAACAGAGACAAUGGAGGCUCCAUUUCUACUGCUAAUCAACAAAAGCUUUCCCGCUUGUCUUACUAUGGUAUGUCCAGCUUGGCAGCCCUCUUCCCCAAUGUGCAGCAAGUGCAGUAUUCCCAAGGGGAACGUACAAGCCCUGGAGCAAGCAGUAUUCCAACCACUGACAGUCCUACUUCUUACCACAAUGAAGAGGAUGAAGAAGAUGAUGAGGCCUAUGAAACUAUGGUGGAGGAACAUUAUGGACAGAUAUAUAUGAAAUCCACAAGUGGCUAUUCAGGACAGGAGAAAACAGAUCAGAUGCCUGUAUUGGAGAACCGUUCUUGUGUCCUGAUCCGUCGGGAUUUGGUUGCGCUUCCUGCUAGCUUGAUAAGCCAGAUCGGAUACCGAUGUCACCCGAAACUGUAUUCAGAAGGAGAUCCCGGGGAAAAGCUGGAACUUGUGGCUGGUUCUGGGGUUUAUAUCACCCGCGGUCAGUUGAUGAAUUGUCACCUUUGCGCUGGGGUCAAACACAAGGUCCUUCUGCGAAGGCUUCUCGCCACAUUCUUUGAUCGGAACACCCUUGCAAACAGUUGCGGUACAGGGAUUCGAUCAUCAACGAGUGAUCCCAGCCGGAAGCCCCUGGACAGUAGAGUCCUCAAUGCUGUGAAGUUGUAUUGCCAGAAUUUUGCUCCGAAUUUUAAGGAGAGUGAGAUGAAUGUCAUUGCCGCGGACAUGUGCACCAACGCACGUAGGGUGCGCAAACGCUGGCUUCCCAAGAUCAAAUCCAUGUUGCCCGAUGGUGUGGAGAUGUACCGAUCUGUGAUGGGUGCCACAGCACCUAGCGUCCCAUUGGAAUCCGAUUUCCAGCCGAGUCCAGCCCAAGCUUUCGAGCAGAGAAUCUAUGCAGAGAGAAGGAGUGAUUCUAACACCAUAAUGUCUGUGAGAACUAACACUUCAAAUAUGGACCUCACAAAUGGGUCCAACCCUGCAUUUGAACAGAGCGAAGAGGCAGAAGGUGCAACGGGAUCAGUCAUCCAAGAGGUAGGUGGCACAGAUCCAUUGGUGUCUGAUGCCCAGGAAAGCCCUGCACCACCCUUCGAAGAAGACACUGGCUCCACUAGCAGACCAGAGACCCCGGUGCGAAGGCAGGAUGCUGCUUACAGUGGAACUUUAUAAAGAGAGUUCCGGAAAGAACCUCUUAAAGGGAUGUGUAGUUCUACAACUGCUUCGCAUGCGUUACUAAUACAAAACAGAAAAAAAUGUGAUUGGCCACUUACCUUCAGAACUGCUACUGUUGCCUGAAAACAAUGUGAUUUUUAUUCUGCUUGUAUUUAAAACAAAAAUAGAAAAAAAAAAACAAAGAAAUACUACUUUAUGAGAGAAAUAAUAGCAUUCAGUAUAAUGUAAAUGAUAAAGAAAUAAUAAUAAUAAUAACGGGCUCCUUUUUAAUAUAACAGAAUUUACUGUAUAAAAUUGCCGCUCUUUUACGUUCGUUUUAUUUUUUACCAGCAUGUUUUCUGAAAUUCGCUGUUAUUCAUUAGGUCGCUCAUGAAAAGGACGACUGGUCAUUGAAUAAACCCCUUUCCUACUCGGGGAGAGUGUGCAGGGCAUUUGAGAGGACAUAUAUAUGUAAAUAUAUGUUGGUGAGGUCCGUUUACUAAAGUGUGCAAUUUCAUGCCUCUCCUGUAAUAUAUUUUGUUUCAGGAUUUUGAUUUGUGGUAUUCCUAAUGUGGUAUACCAAGAAGCGGCAUUGAGUUAAUAGCGAGGUGCCAUGCCCAACAAGUAGCUAUUUUGGGUGGUUUGUUCUUUUGUGCGGAAUUUGUGAGGUUUUCUUCACACCAUUUUUUUUAGCAAAUUUUCUGUCUUACGGGUUUUGUGUAAUGUCACAGCAAAAACUGGAGCAGUAAUCCCCAUUAAUACUGGCUGUCAUGUAAAUCCAUAAUAUAAUCCUUAAUGUAGCUGUCAGGCCAAGAGAAAGCAAGAGCUUUUUAUUCCUAUAAAGUAGGUAACAGCUAUAUGUGACAUAGAGAAAAACCUCAGUUACUAAGGUUGGGAGAAGAUACCUGUCCACCAAAUCCCCCCACUUACCUGCUGUUUAGAUGUAACACUGAUUUAAUGCUUAUUUAAUGUACAAUCUACAGCAUCGGGUUCCCUUUUUUUGCCAACAAAUGAGUAGAAACUUUUUAGUGAUACAUAUUUUAUUAGCUUCCCCAGUUAAUAUCUGAUUGGGAAAGUUUGCAAAUUAUUUAGGGGAGGGCAGCAUCAAGCUAAUUUGUGGAUGUCCAACAGGUCUCCACAGGCCCCCGCUCCAUAUUGCCAAAUCCACCAGUGUAUGGCCAGGUUGAAUUACAAAUUUUGAUUGAGUAAAUACUAUGUUGUAACAGUGAAGGAGAAAUAUAGGAAAGCUGGGAAAAAACAUUUUGACUACUGUAUACUAAUGUCACCAUUCAAAUUUUACCCCCUGUAAACUUUUUGGUGUCAAUGUUUUUGAAUCUCACUUUAGUAAACGGAUCCCUAAAGCCUCGGGUAUAUGUGCACCUUAUAAACAUUUUAGAAAACACUUUAGACAUUAGGCUUGAAGGAGCUGAUGGUAUAUUUCUUUAGGUCUUUAGGGGCAGAAAAUAUUUGCCCUGCUGUACUAGUGAAAUGUAGUCCCCCACUGAUUUGCACAGACUACUAAAUAAAUGCCAUGAUGGUGUAGUCAUGGUAGAUGAUUUGGAGGGGAGUGAAUGAACUCAGUAUUUUCCUUGCGAUGUAUGUGCCAAGAACUGCUUCUUUUUCUUCCAACUGUCAGAUGGCAAGUACUGACCCUAUCUUCCUGUUCCAUUUUCAUAAAGAUGAUAUCAUAAUGUGGUAGUGUUGACAUAUGGUUUGCCCCGGUUAAGCUCAGAGCUUUCGAUUUGCCAUGAGUUACUGAACUGUUAAUGACACUCUAAGAAUUCCAUUUUGGGCCUUUGAAAGAGUAGACAGAAAUCUAGUGGAUAUGCCUUGAAUAUCAAUUUGGGGAUCUGACAGCACAGCAAAUCGGGGUAAUGGGUUUGAAAACCCAACUGAUGGAUAAUUCAAGAAUAGUCCUCUAGUUAAAAGAUUCAGAGUUCACCUUUUUGGCUUAAUGUUUGUCCUUUGGGAGGAUUUAAACUUUUAAGGCAUUUUUGUUUUAAAGGAUCCUUUCAUUUGUAUUUUCUACUUCUAGUUUAAAAUUUGUUGGAAUAAACAGGCAUCCCAGUUGCGCUAACAAGGCAACAUUCGUUUUUUUUUUUGUCUUUAACAAAGCAACGGAUACAUUUUAGAAGUUCCUUUUAAUUUCCGGGGACAUUCCGAAGUCCUUAGACAUAAACAGGGUAGGGAUUAGCAGAAACAAGUGGAUAGAUAAGUCGACAGGUCUGAGUUCAGCAAAAACGGCCUCUGGUCAAACGUGCUUCCCACAGACAAUUUUAAAUCCAAAUACUCUUUGAUUGUACUUCCACUUUAAUUAGUUCUUUAUACCUUAAAUUCUUGUAAGCUCUGUUGUUUCCUAAAGGAUAUAGAUUUUCAUUUUAUUUCCCCCCAUAUUUUUGGAACAUUUGAUUUUGUGAUGAGAUGAAGUAAUUGUUUGAAGGAGAAUUAAAGCAUACUAAUACUUAGCACUAAAUUUAUUAAAAUUCAGAGGGAAGUAUUUUGCUCUGAUUUGAGAAAACUUUAGCCUUUUUGAAUUCAAUUGGAUUGAAUAUGAAUUGAAUUUUUACGUUGAGAUUUAUCAAUUGAUCAAUGGGAGGUGUAUUUUAAAAAAUUCAAGCGGUUAUAGUCUUAAACAGUCAAGAGUUUUGUGAUUGGCAAUUGGCAUUUAACAUUUACACAUUAAAAUGUAAAAAGCCAGUGCCCUUGACCCACAUGUAAUGACGCAGGCAUGAAUGAUGCGUGUGCAAGUCUUCACUGGGCAGUGAUACUCAAGCGCCGUGCUGCAGGCAAAAGGAGAAGUGAACCAUCCAAACAGGUGUAGACUUCAAUCGAGGUACAGAAAUGGUGGAGAAGGAGAUACUGAUGAAAUCACAUUAUAUUAUUUCAGUGGGUCCUUAGAGGAGCAUUACUGACUUUGAGGUUUUCUUUAGGGAUACACAGAAUCCACUAUUUUGGAUUCAGCCGAACCUCUGAAUCCUUCGUGAAAGAUUUGGCUGAAUACUGAACCGAAUUUGCAUAUGCAAAUCAGCACCAAGAAGGGAAAAAAGAGAACUGAGCGCUCGGUUAGAAAUUUAUAUACUUCCUUGUUUUGCAACAAAAAGUCACAUGAUUUUAAAGAUUCUGAUUUGGUUAGAAUCCUGAUUUGGUUAGACCAGGAACGAAUCUUGCUGAAAAAGGCCGAAUCUUGGCCGAACACUGAACCAAAUCCUGGAUUUGGUGCAUCCCUAGUUUUCUCUACAAGAAACUGAUAGCAAGUUAUUUGGGGUAUCUGGGCUUGUUGUCAAUUAGAAAAUUCUUGCAGAGUAGGGAAGAAAAGUUUAGUGGUGAUACCAUAUAGACAAAAAGUCUUUAAUUUUGACCAAAUUAUAAAUACUAUCAAAACCAUUAUUUUCUCCAAGCCCAUAAGGCAAGGAAUAUAGAAAAUAGAUUUUGAUUUCCCAGAUAUUAUUACUAGUUAUUAGGCUUUAUUUCAGUUUGCCCAGUCUGCCUAGAUAGAUAAGACCAUCAUUCAUUUAGCGUAAACCAGGCUCGUAUGUCACAGUUCAUAAACUUUUUGUCCCUUUAAUACAGCAAUAUCAGCCAAGUCUUGUACUUUUUCUGCCAAGAGUUGUAGAGUGCCAAUGGUGUCCAACGAUGGUCGAGUUUUCUAUGGUCAGGUGACUUACUGUAUGUUGUAAUGUAUCAAAGAUAUCAACCUGUUUUAUCCAAUACUUGUCCUAUUAUCUUUUAAGGAUUAUGCACAAAAAAGUAGAAGGACCAAAAAGCUACCCAAUAAAUGAACACUGGCAAGUAUUUAGUCAGCUACAAACCUGUCCAUGCUUUAGGAACAUGAAAAGCGGUGGGUCUAGCUAACAAUAGGCAGACUCUUUGCCUUUUGCUAAUGAUGCCAUUAGCGGUUCUUUCAAGGAAAGGUUUAGAAAAUGAAUAUAUCAAGGUUUUCAGAAAAGGGUAUUAAGCAAAAGGCACAAGUGAGUAGAUGUUAAUUUGGGAACAUGAGGUACUAGCCUUGCAGAUGGUAUCUCAAGGUUGUUACCUGCAGUGCAGGUAUUUAUAUUGUAUUAGAAGAUAAAAAAGCCAAAACGGUAUUAAUCUGCAGCUUCUAAACACUGAAAGAGCACUUAUAUAUUCUGCUGUAUUGGGGCAGAUGUAGACAUUUUUGUUGGUUUUUUUUUAUUUUUAAACCAGUCCUAAUCUGUGAAGUGGGAUUUUUAGAAGAUGGCUUUGAAUGUAAGGGGAAAAAAAUCAUUCUGACUUGUAUGUGUUUAUUGAAAUUCCCCCGAUUUGCAGUAAAACUGUAGGCCUAUGUAAAAUAGAAUUAAUGCUUUGUAUAGACUGCAUGUUAGGGAACGUAGACAAAAUGACAGGCACCUUGCACAAUGGGGUGGGGGCGAAAAAUACAAAAACAGAAUAUAUAUUUUUUAUUUAGUGCAUUUCUUCCUGUGUAUAUAUUUUUUGGAGUAGGAAAGCAGGAGGUGUAAGAAAAAUCAUUACAAAAUGUGAAUGGUAACGGGCUUGCUGUUGUCGGAUGCACAAGAGCGAGGUAUUUGCACUACUUUUUUUUUGCGUGUGGGGGGAUUAAUGAUAUUUGAUAGGGCUGUGUGGAUGAUUUGUAUUUUAUAAGGACAACGGGGUGGGAGAGAAGUAGAGGAAUCCUGGUGUGGUCAGAAACUGGGCAGAAUACGCUGGGUGGUGGCCUCUCUGGCGCACGCAGGAAUUAAAGUACUGAACGCACAGCGCAGUUGAGCAGUCUUUGAAUUGGACGGUGCUUUCUGGAGUGCCUUAGAGGUUUUUAGUAUUCCAAGGACAAUUGUUGAGUCUCUCUGUAUCUGGGAGCAGCCGGCAAAUUAAUCUUCCUGUUAACGAAGGGAUUUACAAAAAAACUGACUAAUAUUCCUUCCGUUUACAAGAGUUCGUCAAAAAUCCAACACUGGCGAGUCUAGUAGUGAGUCCUAUUGUCCGAAUUGGAUUGUACCUUCUUUUUUUUCCCCCCUUUUCUCUUAUGCUUGACUGUUAGCAAUAUAAAGUAUUUGCAUGAUGAAUGAUGCACCUUUUUCAAUUUUAUUUUUCCCCUCUUUAAAAUGUUACGAGCAGAACUUUUGGAUUUUACCGUUGAACAAGGUUGACUUACGAUGAAUCUGAAACACUCUCCUUUCUCUGUAGUUUGUACUCCUCACAUGUAUUUACACUGUACUGAUUGUUUUCAAGUUAUGCUGCAUUAUUAAAAGGGCACCAUGACCUCAAGUUUC